AAUUAAUUAAGCGCGUUGAGUGAGCGGAGAGACAACAUAUUGCAAUUUGCGUCGCAUCAAAAAGGAAGAACUAUGUGAUCGAUAAUAAUCGACAACGGUCGCAUCAAUAUAAACAUCCGCUGAAUCCGAAGGAAGAUUAAAUCGAAGCGGAGUGCCGAACAAACUUAGUUAAUAAUUCUACCGAAAUAAGCUAUUGAAAGCAUAAUGAAACGGUUACUCGAGCAAGAUUAGAGAGACAAGUUGUUGAUGAGUUUUAGCUAAUGAAAAUGAGAAGCGAUGAAUAAGACGGUGAUUGAGUUACAGAUAAUAGAACAAGAUUAGAGAUGACUAAAAUAAAAUGGUUAAAAAUAAACAAAAUUGCAGUUAAAAACUAGGGCGGAGACUCGGUGGAUGUGAUCGAUCCCGGGGAUGUGAUUGAAAGCUGCAGUAAGGGAAGAGUGCGAAAGGACAAAGGAGAUCGAUUGGGUGUUGCAUUAAAUGUGACGUUUGAGAUGUCGAAGAGGUGUGAGAACGCGUCCCACGCGCCGGUUAAGGAUUCCGUUUUCGAGCUACGCACGCGGAUGGCCCGGAUGCUGUCCAUCGUCGAGAUUACCUCGCAGAGGAAUAAUCCGAUGGCGCGUCAGGAUGGCAGAGAUGCCGCGGAUCAAAACUUCGAUUACAUGUUCAAGUUGCUGAUAAUCGGCAACUCGUCCGUCGGAAAGACUUCUUUCCUCUUUCGUUACGCGGACGAUUCCUUCACCUCGGCUUUCGUGUCAACAGUAGGGAUCGACUUUAAGGUGAAAACCGUGUUCAGACACGACAAAAGGGUCAAGUUACAAAUCUGGGACACGGCGGGUCAGGAAAGAUACAGAACGAUUACGACGGCCUAUUACAGAGGCGCGAUGGGUUUCAUCUUAAUGUACGACAUCACAAACGAGGAGUCCUUUAAUUCAGUCCAGGAUUGGAUCACGCAAAUAAAGAACUACUCGUGGGACAACGCCCAAGUAAUUCUCGUGGGCAACAAGUGCGACAUGGAAGAGGAAAGGGUGAUCAGCACCGAGAGGGGUAAACAGUUGGCGGAGCAAUUAGGAGUACGAUUCUUCGAGACGUCAGCCAAAGAGAACAUCAACGUCAAGGCGGUGUUCGAGACGCUGGUGGACAUAAUAUGCGACAAGAUGAGCGAAUCUCUGGACAAUGAUCCGACUCUGAUGGGGGCGGGGGGUAUGGGCCAGAACAAGGGCCAACGACUCACCGAUCAGCCGACCAAUCCAGCGAACACUAACUGUAAUUGCUAAAAAAAAUACGACGGCACGCAGGAGGGGAGGAAAACCCGAGAGAUCGUAUUUUGUGCGUGUGUCUGCGCGCAUGUGUGCACGUGUGUGUUACGUGUGUUAGAAAAAAGGCAAAAGAAAAGAGAGAGAAAGAGAGAGAGAUAAAGAGAGAUAAAGAGAGUAGGAGGAGGAAGUGUCGUGUGCGACGCUGGUGUGUUAACUAGUCCACUUACUUCGUCGUUCCCUCUCGUUAUGUUAUUUAUUUUUAAAUUCGUUUUUCGUUCUCGUCCGGUUUCUUUCAUCCUUUCUCGGCGCGAGAUGAUAUAUAUAUGAAUAAUGUACGCUAUAAAUAUAUAUAUAUAUAAUAUAUACAUAAUGAUUGUGAUCAUCGAGGUGCGACCGAGUUAGCCAGCGACCGUCGAACGAACGGUCGUGAUUCUUCUUUCAGUUCAUCCGCAUGACGAGAGCCGGGGAUGAAUUUCGACAUAAUUUCCGAAAGUUCAAAUUUCCAUGUUGUAGAUACGCGAAGAUAUGCCAAUUGUCGCGUUUUCAUUGCCAUAAAUAAACGUCAAUUGUGAUAAUCAUAUAAAUUCACGUUCUUAUAACGGUUAAUUAAGCUUAACUGAGACUUGAUCGAUUCUUUAUUUCCUCUCGGGAAACCAAAAGGGGCGAAAGAUCUAACUGAGUCGCGGUUAGAGUUAGUCUGAACAAAAACGACUUUAUAGCAACAAACAAGCAGGUUUUACGAAAAUAUGUAUUUUAAUCGUACUUUUCUCGUACGCUGUUAAAAUGUCGUGAAAUUCAACAAAUUUUUAAGUUGCACAAAUAUGGUACAUUAAAUUUAAUGUACUUGUGUAAUUUAAAAAUGCAUUGAAUUGACAUUUUUCACAGUGUGUACUAUUUUUCUUUCGACAGAAAAAUCACUGAAUUUCACAUUGUGUCAAAAUAGAUUAAUUUUUUUCAUCAUUUCACAAUCAAUGGUAUACACGAAGAUUAUUCUCACGUGUCUGUGGCGUCGAGAUUUGAAACCGAAAGGAAUGAUGUAUGUUUGGAUUUCCGUUAAUGAAAAGGAGAGAAGAUAGCGAAGCGCGAGGGGAAGAAAUUGAAAGAAAGUGCAUUUUGUUUUGCGGUUGAUGAUGAUUAAUGACGACGAUCGUUAUAGCAGGGACGAUGUUGCUCACUCGAUGUUUGGCACUGUAGACUCACUCGCAAAAGGGAGUGACUCCAUGUCUCAAGUCCAUGCAUUAUGUAGGAUACGCCCAGAAAAAUCUGACAAUAAGCGUCAAUCACUCGGCAAAGUUCCACGAAUUCAAAAUGCCGAUCAAUCAGAGAUGUAACAGAGUGGAAUUAACUCUUCACCUCCUCUAAUUUGACGCGGACAACCUAAAUAAUGUACGCGUAAAGUUCACGUUUUCAAACGUCGCUUCGAAGUUGCGAUUGUAAGCUGUUUAGAGAAAAGCAUAUUAUUCAAGAGAGUAUUUAUAUUUAAAUAUUAUCAAAUAUAUUUAAUAUUUAGCGAUAUCUAUAACAAUUUGUGACAUUAUUGCGGCAACGAAGGUUCAGCGACGAAUACAAAACGUUAAUGUUUAAAAUGUUCGUGGAGGUCAGAGGAGUUGAAGGGUUAAACACGAAAGAGUGAUACGUGAGCACGAUUUGAUUUACGUUAAUGUACGUUAUAAUUGAAGCGGUCAAUUAAAUAAAUCCGACGCGAUAUAAUCGAAAACUAUAAAUUGAAAAAUUUUUCAACGCUGAAAAUAAAAAUAUUUCAUGUUUUUAAAGUAACGUGCCCGUUUUGAAAAUUAAAACAGUUUAUGUCUUAUUCUCUAAAGCAAACAGUCGCUAUCCAACUUUUUUGGUAGACGCAGAAAGAACGAUUUUGCUGAAGUAUCUAAAAAUGUAGCUUUAUUUAGAUCUAAAUAUACUUCUGAUUGAUCAUCGAGGCAAUUAUGUAGGAAACGAGGCUGUGAAAAUUUUUGACAUUCUAGCAGCCAAUUUGAACGUCCUAUACAAUUAUUUUGAUGACCCAACAAAAUUGUUUUUAGCUAAAUUUUUAGACACUUGAGCAAAUUUAUAUUUUCCCUGUACAUUUGAAACAUUUCGUUUCAAUCAAUAGUAUACGAUUAUUCAUGUGCAAUCGAUGAUUCAAUGACGUACACUUAGCAUGUAACUUCUGUAAUUUAAAAAGUGUCUCGAUGACGAUAGCGCAACGCCGAUCAUAUGCACAAUUUAUUUUCGCUCACGAAAACUCAGAGCGGUUAAAUCCGACGAUCCGAAUUGCGUUUUCUCGUUGAAGCACAUUGUCGCAUAUGUUCCAGCGUUCAUAUUAACUAUAAAGUUAAGUCUCGGCAUUGUUAUUCGUGAGAAUAUCUUGAUUGCACUGGCAGUGCUCGUAAUUCUAUCUUCGUUUCAUUUCUCGUUGCACUUCGCAACGAGAAUCAAGUUCAUUUGCGUCUCGUUCAGUACGAAAAUUGAUGCUUAUUAAUACAAAAGCACAUUGAGUGACAAACUGUAUGACAAAAGAAACUCAAUUUGUGUAGUCCUUGCUGUGUGUAACCAAUUAUCCGCACGAUUAUCUAUUAAGCGACUCUUAGAACGACAGGAUUGCGAGCGGAAGGGAAUAUCGUCUUUGGUAGACCGUAAAACGUUAGAUUCCUGAAUUUUUCAAGACUUCACUGUCAACGCGCGGUAUCGCGCGUAACGUUCAACAAUUAUCAGUCAGCCACUUCAUAUUGUAUCGACCCUAAUGGCACGCAUGCACAAUUUCUCCGCGAAAUUAUUUAAGAUUAGUGCGGAAGCAUUAGUGAGCAUUAUUACCGGGAUCGACGAAGGCCGAGGUCAUAACAGGGCCGGAUAUAUAAAAUUCCACUAUCGUACUGUAAAUCAUUCAGAGGAACCAGCAGCAUCGAUCUGGCGUCAAUUAUCGAGGAGUGCCGGCGUCCCGCUUACUUCAGUCGUCAUCCGGCGUUAAACCUACCUUACUUGGUAAGCUGCCCUCUGUACAUAAGUGAGAUAAUAAAAACAAAAAGGUAUCUAUUAUGUAUCAUUGAAUCAUUGUAAUGAAGUGUAACGUACGUAUUAAUUUUGCCGCGUGGAUUUUUUUCGCGGGAAUCACGGCCGGAAAGAUCACGCGGCCCGCGACACCGCGAGUGCACCGAUCAAUGCGCAAUUGAUCGAUCGCGAACCGUCGCGAAUUAGCGAACUGCCGACAACGAAUGCGUCCUCGUGCAACCGAGGAACUGAGAAUGAGAAAGAAAUAAAGAGAGAAAGAGAGAGAAGCAACGUGUGUGUAAAAAUGCGUGUUCGAAAAGCGCGGUUAUCAAGCGGGCAUUGAUUGUGAGAGCGGUGUAAUUUCAACGAGUUCGAUUUUUUCUAUUAGAUACGGAAAGAUCUCACGCCGAUUUUCGCGUUUUCACCUGCAGGUAGAGAUCGUUCCUACGUCUACUUUUGUUUACAGUACAUUAAAACUUUGAACUUGUUGAAAUUAUACAGGAUUUCAACGUCUCUGUUCUUCUUUUUUUUUUUUUUUAAAUCAGGUUUCUCUCCUUUCUCUAUACUUUCUCCACUUUGAAUGACAAAAAUAAAAAAAAAGUGAAAGUAAAAAUAUGAAAUAGAAUAAAGAUUUUGUAAUCCAUGCCAUGACUGAAUCCAUGGAUUUUACGCUCUUUUUUUUUAAUAUAAAAUUUUAAACGCGCAAUGUCUAAUUUGUAGCACUGAAAUUUACAUAAAAUUGAAAAUGCAAACGUGAUGCAGAUAUAUCACGCGCGAUAUCAAUAUAAAUGCAUUUGUAAAGCAAAAUACCAACUCAGAUUGUAAUAACUGAAAAAAAUAUUUCGUAUUUCUACUUUCUUUUCUUUAUGUGCAUAUAUUUUUGGCGAGAGAAUAGGAAGAGGAGGAAAACGCGAAUGGUGUAAAAGCGCAGAUAAAGAGGACCGACCUAUCGAUGUAACCCAAAUACUAAUCAAUAAAAUGGCAAGAAACUUUUCCGGCUGUCGCGGGCAUCUGUAUGUAUGUAUCGUACGGUGUGCAAACUGUACUUAUAUAUAUACGCCUAAUAUUAAUAGUACUGCGUUAAUGGUAAAACAAUUAUCUACCAAUACACUUCACACACAUAGUGCAAGAGCAACGGAAACAGACACACACAUACGUGGAGAAAAGAGGAAACAUCACAUCGCAGACGUCACGUUGAGAAAAAAUCAUUUGUAUAACGGAACAGUUGUACUCUAAAUAAGCUGUAUAAUUGUAGCAAAAGUCAAUCAUGGAUGUUCUCAACGACUGCUACGUCGUAUAUGUUUAAUUGUACGUGUAUAUGUGCACAAUCCGUUAAUGAUGCAGAUCCCGAGAGAAAGAGAGAGAAAGAGAGAAUGCGCGCGCGAGAAAGAGAGAAUGCGAGGUGAAAGAGAGAAAGAGAAAGUGAGAGAGUAAAUGUUAAAACGGGAGAUACUUUGAGACGUAGCGACAAAUGUAAACGAAAUACAUAUAUACAUAUAUAUAUAUUUAAAACAAAGAAAUGAAAAGAGCUAAUUGUGAAUCGCGUAUAUUGCAUACGCAUGUGUUGUUGUAUGCACGCAGUGCAAGCACGCGAGAGAGAUCGUGUUGGAAGAAAAAAAGGAAGGAAAGAAAUGUGCAGUGGAGUAAAUCUAUAAUUUGCAACACGUGUACAAAUCAUUGACAAACGAUUCGGAGGACCAAUUGGCGGUCGCGCUUAUCGCGAUCCUACCCAACAGGGACACUCGAUUAGUUUUCAGUCCGCCUGUGCCGCCCGCCCCGCAGAAAAAUUGGCGAGUCAGAGUUCACCGAAGAGACUUCUCUCUAUAAAACGGAAAUAAUUUCACAGAUUUGUAAAACGUUUUUCAAAUCUUUCAGUCCUUUUACAUAUUUCUCACUGCAGAAGCGUGCAGAGAAAUUCGAAUUUGCCUAUAAAAAGAAAAUUAGCUUCUGAUCAAUUUAAAAUGGAAAAUCUGGAAAAUAAAGUCUUAUUGAUUUUUUGGUUAAUUCGCCUAUUUUCUGCAGAGCGCGUUCGCCCGUCAUCGUAUCAAUCGCUGAAUCCUUCGGUACAUUCGCGCGGAAUAUUUUUUCGCGAAAGUAUAAAAUACGUAACUUCGUUAAUAUCUGCGUUCACGUCGCAAGAGAAUUAAAUCGGGUGUUUCGUCAAACGCUACGAGCCCGAGGAGCUCAUAUCCUUUUUGUCAGAAAACAUCGAGAAGCACCGUUGAUUCUUUGCGCGACGUGCCGAGCUCACGACUACAUUUUCCUGCCUUGCCUAGCGCAUAUCGUGAAAAGAUUUCGGUCACCGAUCGAAUUGCAAUUUAUCGCGUUUGGAGAAUGACUUUCCCCUUGGGAUUGGAGCUUCAAUGUAUCGCCAGUGUAUCAAGCAUCGAUCGUAUAGAAAGAGCUUAAUUGUAUAGAAACAAAUACAGUCAGCGAUCGAUUUUCUCCACAGGAGUAACGUUGUGCCGCUUCUUGUGCGUUUCUUUCUCCAACGAACCUGCUCGAUCGAGCGCCCCUCGAUAAACAGAAGGUAAGAAUAACGCGAGGAAGCGAGGACUACUUAGAGACUGCUGUAAAUAACAAAGUAAAAACUCAUAUUUGAUGAAAUAGCAAUAUGUGAAGAUAUUUAGAAUAUAUUUAAUUUCGUUAAGAUCGCUAUUUUAAUUAUCUCAUUAAAUUCGAUCGUUAGUGUAACUCGAGUGUAAUUAUUUAAGUAGUCAUUUAAUGUAGAAUUUUAGGUAGCUUGCCGAAAUUUAGGUAACUCGUCUUCAUUUCUUUUUAUGCUCGGCAUAGAAAUAGAAGUUCGUCGUUGGAAAUGUGCGUAUUACGUCUCUCUAAAAUUACGUGCGAACAUAAAAUUAGCGCUCGGAAUCCGGCAGUUCGUGGUAAUUGCAUCCAAUCUUGUGACACUAUAUAUCACGGUGCUGAAAGAACAUGCGUCUUGCAAGAUCAGCGAGAAAUAAAGAGGUAAUCACGUUGGA